GUUUCGGUGGGACGGAUUUAAGUGACGCACAUAACACCGGCAUGUACGUAAUCAAUAUGACAAUAUUUCUAAACUGGCUGUAAAAAAAGCGAUAUCAAUGACCUUGAUACUACAAUCAUUUAACAGUACGCGGAUGUUAAUUUACCAUCAAUUUCUUCAGUGUCCCUCACCUCCGUGGAGACUUUGGUCGUGUUGCGUUCACUGUCACACGGUUUCCGAGGUUGUUUUACAACUCAGCGACCAAAAAGGACCCUCCAAUAACCAGGUAAUAAAAAGACGCAGAAAAGAAAGACCUUCAUGUCCGUCAGUACUGGACCGCUUUGACGAGCAGUACAGUCAAGAACUUGGCGACUUGUGGGCAUCUUCUAGAGCAGUGCUCCUGGACCCUCACUCGUGGCAGUAUGGAGUCAUGCUCAACCGCUUCAGUGCUGUGACAGACAUCACACAGAUUCUCCAGUCACAGGGCUUUUCCUCAUUGCUGCUGCAAACACAUGUCUCCAGGGUGCUUUCUAAUGCCCCCCCAAUAGUUUCAAAUACUGAAUACAAAGCAGGAAAUGAGUCUGUGCUGCCAACCACCUACGUCUCCAAGUGCCCUCGUGAUGACGGCACCACUAAUGCAUUCAGUCAGGAACUUCAAUUGGAGUCGUCACUCAGGUUGUCCCGUCCUUCUCUACAAUGUUACAUCCACCCAUAUCCACUAUGGUUUCCCUCUCAGGCCCACAGGCCUGGCCAACUGAAGCAAUACUACCUCCUUAAUGCUGCCUCCUUACUCCCAGUGCUGGCUCUGCAUGUCAGAGAUGGGGAAAAGGUUUUGGAUCUUUGCUCUGCCCCCGGGGGCAAAGCCAUAGCCAUAAUGCAGUGUGCCAAACCAGCACUUCUUUGCUGUAAUGAACCGGACCCUCACAGAAGGGACUGGCUGAGCAGAACCCUGGAGUCUUUUCUGCCCCACUCACUGAACACCAGAGUGAUUGUGUCUGCACAGGAUGGAUGCUAUUUUGGGCAACACGAAGCAGGAACAUAUGACAAGGUUUUAGUUGAUGCUCCAUGCUCAAAUGACAGGAGCUGGUUGUAUUCUAGCAGCAGCCAGCAGGGGGAACAGAGGCUAAAGGAAAGAUCCAGGCUGCCUGCGCUCCAGGCUCAGCUGCUUAGGUCUGCAAUGUCAGCUGUGCGUCCAGGAGGUGUUGUGGUCUAUUCAACCUGCACACUGUCCAGCUCUGAGAACUUCGCUGUUGUCGAGACAGUGCUGAAUGAUUGUCCUGAGGCUGAACUUGAAGACCUUUGGGAGGAGAUUGCCAUUCCUUUAUCUAAAUACUUUACAUUUAGUCCUGCUCACCCAGAUCAUGGACAGACACUUCACAAGCCCCCCCUGCAGCCACAGAACAGUACUUUGUCUUCUUAUCAACACAGACUUGGUAUUUUAGUGGUGCCUCAGCCCGGCAAGACCUGGGGACCCAUGUUUUUGUCUCGGAUUAGAAGGAGAAAAUAGUGUGUGUCCUCCUGUGCAGAGAAGAUAUUUUGGUACAAAUGGAUAUAAACAUAAUAAUUUUUAUUUGUA